AGACAUAAAAAAGCCUAAGAUCUCUUGUGGUGUCUGUGUCAAGCUCUCACACAUUAGAGGAAUCAAAAAUGGUUUGUUUUGAAUGGAACCCUACCAACUCUACUGUGCCCCUCCCUCCUCACACCCACCCACACCCUGCCCACCCCUUCAGCUGGAAAGACAACUACUGAUGCAGAACCAGAUGAGAGAAAGACAAACAGCCAUGCAGAUUGCUUGGACACGGGAAUUUCUCAAGUAUUUUGGGACAUUCUUUGGACUUGCUGCUGUAGGUUUAACAGCUGGAGCAAUAAAAAAGAAGAAUCCAGGAGUUUUAGUGCCAAUAGUUCCCUUAAGCUUUAUAUUUGCCUAUCAGUAUGAUAUGGGCUAUGGGACACUGUUGCAAAGGAUAAAAGGUGAAGCAGAGAACAUAUUAGACACACAGAGCACUUUGCUAGAAUUGCCCAAAGGACCACUCACUUAUGAAGACCUGGAGAAAAUCAGAAGAUCUCAGAGCAAAUUCUUCACAGGAAAAUAGAGGAUGGUAUUAAAGCUUAAUAUCUGAAAUGUGACUUCGAGAUUGGUUUUGUGCAUUAAUGAAUCAUUAAAAUUUGGUAAAAUUAAGAGUUUGGGUUUUUUUAAGCAAAACAUAACUAAUUUUUUAAAAGUUAAUACUUUCUAAACCAUUUAUUUUCAUAUCAUGUGUAUGUCUUUAACAUUCAUUGUUACUGUAGUAUAUUUUUCUUGUUUAGAAUGAAAUACUGAAUUUCCACUCUCUAUUUAGGGUCUGAAAAUAACUUUCACUUGUUUCAAAAAUGUCUGGUACUGAUCAAACCCACUAUAAUCAACAAAAGUAAGUUGAUUGGUACAAAUUUGUAUAAAUAUGGUCAUAAUUUUCAAAUGUGUUUGAGGAUGUCUAGCUUAAUUUGAAGUCAGGAAUAGACAGUCAACUUCUUUGAAAAUCAGGACACUUUUAAUUUGCUGUUCUUUAGGCAAUAAACCAUCUCUGCUUCAAAUUCUGGAAUAAACAGCUUUUAUCAGAAGUAGGUUGAGAAGUAAACACAUCACUUGCUAACCAUGUGGUUUACUCUUAGGAAGAACUAUUAGUAUGAUCAGAGGUAUUUUCUCAAAAGAGAAAACAAAUUAUUUAGCUAUUUCCUGAAUCCCUUUUGUGCUUGUUUGACAUUCUGAAACUCAGGAUAAUUUGUUUACAUGAAAUCAGCAUUCAACUAUUAAGAUUAAUAAUAACUGAGGCUAAAAGCAAGCAAAAUUAUUUUUGUAAGAUCCAAGGAACCUUACAAGUACUGAAAAACUGAGGGAUUUUUGUCUGCCUUUACUUUACGUGGUAUAUACUGCAAAUAUAAUUUAAGUAUAUCUUAGUAUUCUGAUGUUACACUUGGCCAAAAAAUAGCAUCUUGUUUAAAAACAAAAUAUUUUGUGUUUUGGAUGGGAACUCUUCUAGCCUUAGUCUAAUUGAAUAAUGAAAAAUAAAUGCUAAAAAUCAUCCAAUAGUGAAUGAAGCCAAAGUCUCUAUUGACAAUUUUUUGAGUUAAAACUUAAAUUCCUGCUGAAGAUCAUACCCUGAACCUGUUUCUGAAGACUACUUGACUAAGAUUGUUAUACUGCUACAGUAAGACAGGUGAACAUGUAGUAAUACAUCCUUCUCAGCAUAGGAGAAAUUGGUAGCAGUUUCCAUAGCUGUGUGAGAUGGAAGCUCAUUCACUUCUGCAUUCAGUCACCUGUGCAAUUGUCUCUGUCAUUUGCACUUUAACAACACUCCCAGCCUGCAACAGAUUUCAAAUGUGAUGCCUUUUAUGUGCGGAGUGAUCAAAUAGGUUAUAAUUUGUCAUAAUAGCUUGGUCUACACUUUUGCUGUUUAGGAUUUAAGGGAGUGGCCUUUCUCAGAAGGCGUGCAUCAGCUCAGCUGAUGGUGCUCCCCAUCUUCUGUGAGCUCACAAGGUGCCACUCAAGACCACCACAUUCUCACCCUGUCCUCUGACAUAAUCCCUCACCAGCUGGUGGUGUAUUAUGUACUGCUCUUACCACAGAUCUGUCCUGGUUUAUUUGUUUAGCUUUGAAUAACAAUCAUCUGUGACCUUUCUUCCAAGUUCUGAAGUCAACUUUGCUUUAAUUUUGUAAAAGUUGUAAUAGCCUUUUAUGUUUUUAUCUGUCAUCUGUUGAAACUCUUUCUCCUAAGGAAAAAAAAAAAGAAUUAAGCCAGCUUAGUUUGGUAUUUGUAUGUCUUCACAUGUGCAUUUUAACCCACCUUUUAAUCCUACAAAAGAUAUUUCUAAAAGGGAGUGGUUUUAGUAGUCCAUACAGCAGUUUUGCUUACAAAUGCUAGAAUAUUAGGAAAAACCAUAAUCUAUCCGCUGUGAAUUAGGAACUAAUACCUGUGUGUUUGUGAUAGAGUUCUGGCUGUGGUGUUAAAGGUAUCAGGCAGGCUAUGCAAAACAAUGACCCAGAUACCAGUUGUAGGAGAUAAUAGGAUAGCUAUUUAUUACCCCAUCCUAGCAAAAUGUGCUUUUAUUUUUUUUUCUCCCAAAGGUUAAACUUACAUCAAUAAUGUUAAUCCACUACAAGACUCCACACUAAAACAGCAGUGGGGCAAGUUAAAUACAGCAUUACAGAGUGAGCAUCAGUGGAAGUUACCAAAUUCACAAAAGAAAAGUAACAAGCUCUAAUUAGGACAGUCUUAAUACCAGAUUCAGAAAUGGAUUUAAACAGGCUACAUAGAAUGUGCCAAAGUGUUAAGGGUUAAGCCACCUUUACUGUGCCUCUAUAUUUUACUGUUAGCUUUGCUUUUUUCUUGAUAAAUGUAUGCUUCUGUUUUGAUUAUGCUCAUUCUUUGUUACUGCAUAUUUAUCCUACUCCAGUGAAUCAACCAAAAUGCUUGCUCAUACCUGUCACAUAUAUACACAGCUACAGCAUGGUUAAAAGGUACGAUUUCCUCAGAGAAUGAUGAAAGCAAGCUGGAAAACUUACCUUUGACUGGGCCUCCUUCAGGGAAAUAGAAGUUUAAAGCAUAAGUUGCCCAUAAUCGUCAUACCAGUUGUACUCAUAGAAAUAAAUAAAUAAAACACCUGAAACGUCCUGC